AUGCAUAUUUGCAACAUCCCACUCGCAAUUGCCGCGCUCGCUAGUAUAGCGCAAGGUGCUGUGCUGCAACCUCGUGAUCUACUCCAGAAUCUACAAGAUCAAGCAUUGCAGAACUUGAAGGAAGCGCAGUCGAAUGGGAGUAUUGCCAAAAGAAGUUGUUCGCUCUCCACGGCUGCUGUCCGGCGUGACUGCGUGCGCGCAUUGCUUUUGAUCGCUAACAAGAUCAACAGGAGUUUCAUGAGCGCAAAUGAACGGAAGGGAUAUAUCAAGGCAGUCAAGUGCCUGAUGUCUGCGCCAUCAAAGUCCGACCCCGUGCUCGUUCCUGGAGCCCGAACCCGCUACGACGAUUUCGUCGCGCAACACAUGAACCAGACUUUGACGAUCCAUGUAACAGGCAACUUCUUGAGCUGGCACAGAUACUUCGUCUACGGAUACGAGAAGGCCCUGCGCGAGGAAUGCGGAUACAAGGGCUACCAACCGUAUUGGAAUUGGUUCACGUACCAAGACAAUUUACGCGCGUCCCCGAUCUUCGAUGGCUCCGACACAAGCAUGGGAGGCGAUGGGUCCUUCGUGAAACACAACGGGAGUGUUGGCGGUCAUCCUGACGUACAUCUGCCUUCAGGAGAAGGUGGUGGCUGCAUUAAGAGCGGGCCCUUCAAGGGUGUACAAGCAAACCUUGGACCCCUUUCCCCGGCCAUGGAUGGCGAAGUGAUAGUCAACACGACGUUCGCAUACAACCCGCGUUGCUUGAAACGAGAUCUCACGAAUUUCGCAUCAACCAAAUGGUUCACGACCGAGAAUCUCUACAACGUGACACUCGGUCCAGCAUCGAAGAACAUCGCGACGUUCCAGAACGAACUCCAGGGCCGAUUCGAUCAGGGCUUUCUUGGGAUGCAUAUCGCCGGACAUCUUGCAAUUGGCGGGGAUGCCGGAGACUUCUUCAGCAGUCCCAACGACCCAGCAUUCUUCCUACACCAUGCCAUGAUCGAUCGGCUAUGGUGGAUCUGGCAGGCUCUGCAUCGCAACCAGGCGAGCACUAUUGCAGGAACAAUCACGCUAUUCAAUGAACCCCCGAGUCGUGACGCCGUGUUGGAAGAUAUUGUUCAGACAAACUAUCUCAACCUUAAGCCGCUCGAAAUCAAGGAACUGAUGAGUACGAUGGAUGGAUCGCCACUCUGUUAUAUCUACCUAUAG